AUGCAUAAUGAUGAGAAGAAGCUGAAAUUUGAACAAUGUAUUGAGCAACAGUUUGAGGAGUAUUACAAUACUCUAGGUCCUAACAUACUUCCCUCAUCAUCAAACAAGCAUGGGCUUGUUGACGGAAACUAUGAAGGUUAUAAAACUCCAAUCCGUAGCCCCAAGUCCCCGAAAAUCAUCUCUGAUUACCCUCCCAGUUAUUCAUAUCGAUAUGGUUUCAUUGAGAUGUGCAAUGUUGUGGCUUGGGAAGAAGAAGUACUAGAAGGAAGCUUAACAGUACUCAAAAGUAUCGGUGAGGAAGCAAUUGUGCAGCAUGCACAUACGUUGGUGGUCAACAUUUCUGCAAUUGGCUAA